ACUUGGGAAUGCUUCCAUUAUUAUUGUAGUGAUAAUAAAAAUUUACUCUCUUCGUCUAUUGAGUAUAAUACUUGAUAUGUCAUUCAACUCUACAGACUUUGUUCUAACUGGAGAUAUCAACAGUACUACUUAUGCAGCAGUUCUUGGUAUUGAAGGAGUCAUUGGUAUGAUAGUUAAUGUAGCAGUGUUAUUAAUGACACUGUAUCAAAGGAAAUCCUGGAAUCAAUCAUCAACAAUAUUCUUCACUUCUCUCCUACUGUCUAACCUCAUUAUUGCUCUGUGGUAUUUCAUGUCUUCUAUUGCAGUAGGAGCUGAAGAAUGGAUCUUUGGAAACACUUUUGAGCAAAAGAAUGCAACUUGUUUAUUCAUUGCUUAUCUGUUUUGGAACUGUUCAAUGAAUUCUAUGAUGACAUUAGCUGCUAUAUCUUUUGAUCGGUUUCUGUUUAUUGUCAAGCCUUAUCUUCACAAGCGGUUCAUGAGACCACGAGUAGCUCUGAUCCUGAUUAUUGGUGUGUGGUUGCUGUGUUCACUAAUAAAUACUACACCAUUCUGUGGUUUUGGUGUAUAUCGUUAUUAUUCUCCUGGUGGAAUUUGUUCAACAAGUUAUGAAACCUCAGGCUUCUUUUAUCUCUUAUUUCUUGUGGUAGUAUAUUCAAUUAUUUAUUUUAUUAUUGCUUUUACGUCCAUUUGGACAUUUUGUUUCACUCGUAGGUUCAUGCAGAACCAGGCUGAAUUAGUUGACAGUAGCGUAUAUCAAUCUAGAAGGAAGAGGCUGUUUGGUAUAUUUGGAUAUAUGCUUCUCUCCUAUAUCAUAGCCAUAUUAAUUUCCUAUAUUACUGGUAUUAUUAAUAUGUUCUAUUACUUACCAUCGUAUGUUAGUCUUGGUGUCGUUGUUGUUUAUGGAUCUUUUAUAAUAUCAAAUCCUAUCAUUCAAUCAUAUUUUAGGCCAGAGAUAGUUAUUAUCAUCAAACAGUGGUGGAAUAAAAUUAAACGUUCCUCAAGGAAUCAGGACAGAGAUCUUAAUUAUAGUUAACUAUUAUUUGUUUUGAUGCAGUCUAUUUAUAAGUUUGAAACAUUAACUAAUUUUUAGUCUUGUAAUUAACUAGAUCUAUGUAUUUUGCAGUAGUUGUCAUAUUUUCCU